CUGGUGUUCAAAGAUGAUCCUAUCAAGAUAACGGCAGUUGGUGAAUUAAAUGAUGAUGGGGUGGAUAGUGUGGAAACCAUUAUCUUGGAAUAUUCGGAAGGGAGACGAGCUGUUCUAAACAACCACACUAGAGUACUACUCUGGAACAAAGCGACUGUUGUAGGCGACUAUGGAAAAAGAAUAACAUUGGAGGAGCAUCUUAAUAUGCCGGACACUAUGAUUCACGUCGAUGGUCGCGUGGAAAAAUUCGAGUUCCAUCCUUCAAAGAUUCCCUAUAAUUUUAAGAACAGCGCCGGUUUGAUCUACGAGGCUUUGGAAACUGUUCGUUGCAUUAAGGAAGGCUUAAAGGAAUCACCAAUAAUGACUCACAGUACCAGUCUCCAAUUGAUUAAGAUCUUGGAUGCUGUGCGAAAACAACUCGGCGUACAUUACGAUGUUGAUGAUCAAGAAUUUUAA